AGGUUAUGCUAGUUGAACUAGACACGAUAUUGGUGAAUCUAUCAGCUUGUAUUAUGUUGUUCUACCUGAAUACCUAAGUACUAUGAUGACCCAAGAGCAACUAGCCCUGCUGCCGGCCGUUUCUGUGCCUCUAGCCGGUACCGGUACCCUGCACGGAGUACCGGUCGAUUAUGUAACUAGAAAGUUAAACACUUCAAGUGGAAGUGCCGGAUCAAGCGAAGAGAACUCAUGUUCACUUGAAAAAGAUUACUAUGGAUGUUAUUGUUUAAAGUUUAUUGUUAAGAAUGGAACUCAUAUAACCGAAGAGAAAGUGAUAGAAGAUUUUGGAACCUAUGGUGAAGUAGUGGAUGUGAGAGGUCCAGGUCUUUUCUCCGGGUUAAGAGGAAACCAUGUUUACGUUAGGUUUAUUGAAAGACGGGUUGCGGAGCAUGCAUUGAAAGAGUUAAGUGGAAAAUAUCAUCAACUAACCCCUGCUUCAAUAUCAGAUGUAUUACCUGAUAACUAUGGUCUCUACACCAUCAGCUUUUAUAAUAAAACCGGAAUUCCGUCUAGUGAGGUUCGUAGAGAAUUCUCCAAGUUCGGCGAGGUUAAAAACCUGACAGGAUCUCUAGAUGUUAAAGGUGGCCGUGUAUUCGUGAGCUAUAAGAACAAGGAGAGCGCAGUGCAGGCGCUGCAAGCAUUCUUCUUCCGUAAGGAUCGUUAUCCCAAUAUGAAGUUUGCGCUCCCAAGAUGUGAGAAGGAUUAUUUUGGUUGCUACUGUCUCAAGUUCUACAACAAGACCGGGGAGAUGACCAUCGGUAAGGUGAUGGAAGAUUUCAACCAGUACGGAGAGGUUGUUGAUGUCCGUGGUCCUGGACUCUUUGAUGUUACUGGUGAUGAUGUUUACGUGAGAUACAAAGAGAAGAGCUCCGCGGAGCAGGCCCUCAUAGAGCUGGUCGGGAAGUACGACAGCCUUUGUUUAGCUCCUCCUUCUGAUAUUCAAGCUGAUAAAUUUGGAUAUUACACAAUAACAUUUGUGAAUGACAAGUGUCUAUCCAAAAGUGAUGUUUGGUACAUUUUUAGCAAGUUUGGAACUGUCGCCUGUGUGAAUGGAACCUUUGACUGCAAGAAAGGUCGAGUGUUUGUUUCCUACAAGGAGAAGCAAGGUGCUCUCAAUGCACUGGAAACAAUGCUGAUAACAAAGGAAUACCAUCUUCAGGUUUCCAAGAAUUCAACGGUUCGAAAGAACGAUUACAACGUUGUGUCUGGAGGGAAGGAGAAUGAUUCAAUGGAUUUCUCAGGAGAUAUGCAGAGACAAGAACGUGCUUCCUCAGAGCAAAAGAAUCUACGGGACCGAUCCUGUAGUCGAGAAGCAUCCUGUGGACCACCUGGACUACGGUUAGCUGGUCCUCCUCCUACAUCUCAACAACGUCUGUCCCACCAUUCUCAGCAACAUGUUGAGGGACCACCUGACAAUAUGUCUGGUCCACCCCCGCCCAUUAUGCAUCAACGCAUCACCGCUCCACUAAUGGGCGUCGCCCCUGGUAAGAACGGAUUAGUAAAGUUCAACAGGAACGUGGAAAUGGAUAUAUUCGGUUAUUUCUGCCUUUCUUUUCUCAACGAGGACGGAGAAAUUUCGGAGAAGAAGGUUCGGACGGAUUUCUCCAAGUUCGGAGAAGUUGUGUCCGUCCGGGGUGCUCUGGGUAAGCAGAAAGGUCACGUGUUUGUCCGGUUCAGGAAGAAGGAGGCAGCGGAGAACUGUCUGAAUUGUUUGAAUAGUUUCCCGUUGAGUGAGAUGUCUGAACUGUUCGGGAGAUAUCUCUUCCUGUCCCCUGCUACACCCAGGGAUAUUGACUGUGAUAUGUACGGAUUAUACAGCAUCUCCUUUUUAAACCUGAAUGCUAAGUCCUUCCCAAGCAUUCGUAGCGAGUUCGCCAAGUUCGGUGAAAUCGUCGGAAUGACGAAUGGUGGCGGAGGAAACACGGACGAGUUGGUGUGUAUCAGCUACGCGGAUAAACAGGCCGCAGUCCGGGCAUUGAAAACCCACUUUACCAACAAGGAUUAUCCAUACCUAGAUAUUGCGAAAGGUUCGUCUUUGUUACUUGUAAACUCCAGUGAUAGCUCAGAUUGUGAAGAUCAUGAAUCUGCCACCAUGCACCAUCAUCACCUGGAGCUGGCGCGUCUACACCAAGAUCGGUUAACCGUCGGCCGUCCUUCUUCCAGAAACCAUUCCUCGGAACGGCCGCACGAUCCAUUUAGUAACAACUCCGUGGUCGGAAACGAUGUAGUCGAUGAGCUUCUGAAACCGCUGCAGUCCUACUUCAGCGUGUUCCGAACUGGAAGCUAUGAUCACGGUUCUCAUCACGGGCUUCUAGACGGAGAUGUGAUGAAUGGAAGGGACGGACCUCCGGCUCACAACACCCGUAGUCAUGAUAAAAGGUACAAAAUUAAGAAAAACCAGCAGUCUGAUGUACGCAAGCGUCAAGAGGGCUCGGAAAACGGAAUGAUGCAUCAAAAUCACUCUGGGAUGCAUCAUCACCCUCCUCCACAGCAAGGUCAAGUUAUGCAUCCGUCCCAGGGUAUGUCAGCUCCGCCUCCUCUAACCAACGGCGGAUAUGCAGGAGCCCCAGUCAUACUUGAGAGCAUGGAGACGGAGAUUGCCCAGCAUCCGCCGCCAAAUAUGAACGAGCCGCCGCCAAAUAUGGUUUCUAAUUCUAACUUCCAGGGUAACCGACCCCUUAUUCUUCUUCCCUCUAUGGUCGGGCCCCCACCAGGAGUAAUGAUGAGUCCACCUGGAAACCCACAGAUGUACUCAACUCCACAGAAGGAGGAUCGUAGACAAGAUCCUAGACAGGAGCAGUUGGAGGCGGACAUUAGUAAUCUUUCUUUAAUGGAGAAUAGAGAGAGCUCACAGGGUAGCGAAGAUUCAUCAGAUGAGCUUGAAAUAACAACGCAAAUACCAGCGGAUAUAUCAGAACCUUCCAAUCAACAACACAACAUAGUUUCUCAACCUACAGUUACUUUUAUCGCCAAAGAUAUGUUUUCUCUUUAUUCCCUCAGUUUCAUUUGUAAAUCUAAAGAUCUCUCAGAGAGGAAAAUCAAGCUGGACUUCAAUCUCGUUGGCGAGGUUUCUCGAGUUCGAGGUCAACUUGGUCGAGCUGAAUCUACAAUAGUUGUUAGUUUUGAACAAGAGAAGGAUGCGUUAGCAUGCCUCCGGGAUACUUCACUCUUACAAAAGUAUCCCAGUCUAGGAGUUGCUCCUCCCAUGAGGGUAGUACCGGACAAGGACGGAAACUACUCCAUAGAGUUCAUCAACACAGGGAUGUCAGGUGUGAAGGAAAUUACCAACGAGUUCUCACGGCACGGAGAACUAGUGAAGGUUCACCAGGGUGGAGCUAAGAACGCAGUAAAGAGGGUUACAGUCAGUUAUACUGACGUCGACUCAGCUAUGCGGGCAAUAGGAACCUACGCCAAUGACAAGGAUGUUAGAGGGAUAGAUUUUGUCGGAGAAUGUCUCGAGUUUCAAGCCUAAGCUUUGAACUGUACCGAACUUACAUUCUGAUCGAGAAAUCUGAACUUCUAUCCUUGCUCCGUGUAGUCAACAUGGACCUGCAAUAUACAUUAUACAGUUGGAGUAAACUACAUUCCGAUCCUUCAACUCAGUGAUCUUAAUCUCUUGUGAUCUCGACGGGGUCUUCACAUACUUCGUCAGCCACAUGGUCACAUUGUCCGCCAACUCGAUGCAAACUGUGGCAGACAGAUGCUCUGCUGUUCAGUUGCUCGGCUGUUUAUAUAUAUAUUUUCUAUUCACUGCUUUUGCUAAAUACCUUCAGUUAUUUGUAAAUAAGGAAAAUUUUAAAACGCGUGUAUGUGUGUUUACAGAAACCAGAAACCUUUCAAAGAUUCCUGGUUUAACCAAAAUCUGAUUUAUCUAACCAUGUAUUGUCGUUAUUUAAUAGCAGUGUUUUUCAAUACUAUUCGAUCCCUAGAAUGGAUUACGCAUGUACGCAUUCCUAAAUUGCGUACACAGCUCAUAAUCAUUGUUUCUUGACUCACCUACAUAUUUUGUUUCGACCAUCAUUCAUUCUGCUUAAACUUAUGUUAUUCAUACUUGAGAGCAACCAGCUCUUCUCUUCAGCCUUGGAAGAACUAGAAAACAAAUAGGAUGUCUACCCUUGUCUACAGUUUUCAACAACAACAUAGUUUAUAGGCUGAAAUAUUCAAAUUCAACUUUUAAUUCAUUCUUGGAUAAUGGGUGGAAUAGAAACCACACUGUGGUGGUAUUUCAACGAUAUUUUAUAAGUUCUAAGCCCUGUAAUCAUUAGUUUAUAUAAAGUGUAAGAGAAGGAGUAAGAUUUUGCUAGAUCUGCAACCCAAACUUCUCACUUGAAUAUUCAAUCUCUUUGGUGCGUUUACGCAGAACAAAUUCGGUCUUAAUCCACUAUUCAACCAGUUUAGCUGUAAGAAAAACCAUUUAUCUUUUUGACAAUUAAUGUAUUUUUAUUUUUUCCAGCUCUGUUCCACCAUGAAAUGGAUUUUCCCCUUCUAAUUGUAUCAUACUUGAUGAAAAUAUUUUUAGAUUUUGUUAAUUGAUCAGAUUUAUGAGAUCAAGUGUCAUGAGUUAUAUUGUGUUAAAGUGUUCAGUCCUAGUUUUCCAUCCUUUUUUAUGCUUUUUAAUUAAUUCAGUUUAUUACAUUAAGAUGUAACGAAAUUAAAAUGGUAAGAUGAUAUAUAUAUUGGUAUGAUUACUUUAGAUCAAUAAAUAUGUAAGUAACCAAA